AUGUCCGACAAACUCCAGGUAGCAGUGGCAGGCAUUGGCCGCAUGGGCAUGCGCCACGCCCGUCACUUCGCAACCCUCACACCGCGCGCCGAGCUCAUCGCCGUCAGCUCGCCCGUUCAGGCCGAGCUAGACGCCGCAAAGAAAGAGUUCGGUGUCCGCACAUACCUCUCCUUCGACGACAUGCUCGCCCAGGAAAAGACCCUCCAAGCCGUUGUCGUCGCCAGCGCGACGACCGUCCACGCCGAACAGGCCAUCAGCGCCAUCGAGAAAGGAUACCACGUUCUCUGCGAGAAGCCGCUCAGCACAAGCCCCGAGAUUUCCCAAACCGUCGUCGACGCCUACCGCACCUCUAUAAAAUCCUACCCUUCCCAAAAAGUCAUCUGUGGUUUCUCGCGACGCUUCGACGCCUCCUACCGCGAUGCCUUCGCACGCAUGUCCAACGGCGAUAUCGGCACGCCGUCCGUCUUCCGCUCGCAGACAUGCGACAAGCUCGAUCCGAGCGGGUUCUUCGUUGCGUAUGCGGAGUUCUCCGGCGGGAUUUUCGUCGACUGCUCCAUUCACGAUAUCGAUCUUGCGCUGUGGUUCUUCGGCGAGGAUAGCCGUGUGAAGAGCGUUGCUGCUGUUGGAAUCACGGCUGUGCAGCCUGAUUUGCGGAAGCAUAAUGAUCGGGAUAAUGCGGUUGGGAUUAUUGAAUUUUAUGGCGGCAAAAUCGCUCAACUAUACUGCUCACGCAUGAUGGCGGCCGGCCAGAUGGACUGCACCGAAGUUUUCGGCACGAACGGGCAGAUUGCGGUUAAUACGCAACCGCAGUCGAACCUGGUUAAUCUGUUUGAGUCGACUGGAGUGCGGCGGGAGAUCCCGCCGGACUACUAUGGGCGGUUCCGGGAGGCGUUCAUUACUGAGGCCAAUGAGUUCACGGCUGCUUGUUUGGAUGAUCUGCCUCCACCGAUGUCGUUAGAGGGUGCUGUUAAGGCGGUGCGGAUUGGCUCUGCUUUGCAGGAGAGUUUGAUUUCUGGGAAGAAGAUUGAGUUUGAUGAAACUAGCAUUCUAGCAAGGUUCUUGAUAAUGGAGCGAAUGGACUUCUUCGUUAGACGCGAUGAGAUAAUCAAGGAAAGGCGCCGUCUACUACAAGAAAACAAUGGAUACGUCCCCGGGGCCCAUAGGGAGGAAGACGGCAUCCGAAAUAAAGACAAGAAGCUCGACAAGACCAAGCAAAUACACCAAGAUACGCUGGACCUCUGGCUCGACAGAAACAAGUAA